AUGCCUCCAAAGCCUCGGACCGGACAGAUUCGCAAGCCAGAACCACGGAGACGCAAGCCUAACACCAUAAACCUGCAGUUGGCAGUUGGUCAAAGCAUGGAUUACACAGCUACUGCCGUCAAUCCUGGUGCUACUUCUGCCAUGCCCCUGCUGCCCUUCCUCGCUCCCAUGCCUAGUUCCGCACCGGCACCAAUUUCAGAUGCACCCAUGGCACGAGAAUAUGUAGACCUGUAUAAUAUCUUGCCCCCUCCUUCUUCCCAUAGCACUUCCUCCGUGUUGCCAUCUCCGUCUCUCACAGAUGAAGCGAGUCCGGCGUCGGCUCACGCUCCAGCUGAGCCAUACGAACAACAAACGACGGCACCCGCAGAAACAGCAAUGGUGUUGCCUUCAACUCAUGAAACCAUAACCUAUCAGACCACGAAUAGUCAAAACGGCGCUAUCCAAAGGCCAGCCCAGGAAUCGAAUCAGCCCACGAGAGAGGAGACUCCUCUCCAUACAGCCGUGAUUUGGGCCAUCUCAGUGAUUCGACAGCGAGCCGAAGAAUUCAAAGACGGCAAAUGCCCGGCCAACAAUGCUGAGCAGAGUCGAUAUACCACACUGCUAAACGCAUGCCACAGUUUGGAUGCCGUUUUCCUCAUCGUUCAUCAACAGUGCUGCUGCUGGAAGUUGGACAGAAAGGCGGCAUAUGCAGCCUUGGUCCCCAUCCCCCCUGAACUCAUUGAUAUAGCCUUUAGUGAGCUCUGUAGCGUCUUUAGUGAUGAUAAGCACAUGCAAAUAACCGACCCUCAUUGGCAAUGGUUCUCAAAUUUCCCUGGGUUUAGAAACGUUGUCGGCCUUGACCGGAUAUACAUCCAAGCCAAGGACUUCAUCGCCGCGUUUGCCAUGCACUGGCCAGCCAUGAAGAAAAGUCUCCUAUCUCAGAUGAUACCACCGAUGGCGUAUCAAAUACGCGAUAUCCUUAGAUGUGUAUCAAACACAAUCGCCAGUGCACUAUUUAAGCGCAUCCGCAAAACAAUCGGGAUUCCGGACGGCCCAAUGUCCGCCAGGCUCAACCAUCUCUUCACCAUGGAUAACCGCCAAGAGCUCAAUUUCGAAGAACAGAGUGUCCCGCAGGAAGAGAUGGACAGAGUCCGCAGCACGAUGAUGACGACUUACGUGACCUUCGUUCGAGAGACCCGAGAAGAACAAGCCCGUCUGGCAGAGGUAGGUGCAGUAUCAGCUGCGCCAGCUGCCAACACAUCCCACAGAAUACCACCAUUUCCCUCAUCCAAUCACGCCAACAUCAACACAAACAUAAAUAUAAAUAGGCUGGCGGCACCAUCUCAGCAACAGCCACCUUCACAAGGUCCUCCGCAGUGCCAGGCUCCUGAUACCACCCUCAGCCUGCUGUUCAUCCGCCGCCUCAGCCCGCAGCGAAUUUCCAAAACCAACGUCAGCCCCCUCAACCUGCACCUCAACUUCCACCUCAACCUCAGCAUCAGCCUCAAAUUUUACCCUCUCAGCAUCCACCUCAACCCCAACAGCAACCCCAAUCUCAACUUCCACCUCAGCCUCAACCUCAAUCUCAAUCUCAGCAUCAAUCUCAGGACCAACUCCAGCAUCAACGUCAACUUCCACCUCGGCAUCAACCCCAAAUUGAAUCCCAACCUCAGCACCAAUCUCAGCACCAAUCUCAGCCUCAACCUGAGCAUCAAUCUCAAUCUCAACAUCAGCAUCAGCCUCAACAUCAAUCUCAACUCCAGCCCCAGCAGUCCGGUCUACGGUAUCCAACUAGUGUGA